CUUCCCUGGCGGUGCCGCGCCCUGCUGGCUGGGGCCAGCUCCCCACCGCACCUGCAGUUCAACAAGUUCGUGCUGACGGGCUACCGGCCGGCCAGCAGCGGCUCGGGCUGCCUGCGCAGCCUCUUCUACCUGCACAACGAGCUGGGCAACAUCUACACGCACGGGCUGGCUCUGCUGGGUUUCCUGGUGCUGCUGCCGAUGACCAUGCCAUGGGGCCAGCUGGGUAAGGACGGCUGGCUGGGGGGCACACACUGCGUGGCCUGCCUGGCACCCCCUGCGGGCUCCGUGCUCUACCACCUCUUCAUGUGCCAUCAAGGGGGCAGCCACGUGUACACCCGGCUCCUUGCCCUGGACAUGUGUGGGGUCUGCCUCGUCAACACCCUCGGGGCCCUGCCCAUCAUCCACUGCACCCUGGCCUGCCGGCCAUUGCUGCGCCCGGCUGCCCUGGCAGGCUACACCGUGCUGUCGGGGCUGGCGGGCUGGCGGGCCCUCACCGCCCCCUCCACCAGCGCCCGGCUCCGCGCCUUUGGCUGGCAGGCCAGUGCCCGCCUCCUGGUGUUCGGGGCCCGGGGCAUGGGGCUGGGCUCCGGGGCCCCCGGCUCCCUGCCCUGCUACCUGCGCAUGGACGCACUGGCGCUCCUCGGAGGGCUGGUGAACGUGGCCCGCCUGCCGGAACGCUGGGGGCCCGGCCGCUUCGACUACUGGGGCAACUCACACCAGAUCAUGCACCUGCUCAGUGUGGGCUCCAUCCUGCAGCUGCAUGCCGGCGUCGUGCCCGACCUGCUCUGGGCUGCCCACCACGCCUGCCCCCCAGACUGAGCCGCUGUCCGCCCACCUACCAUGGGCCAAUAGCCCCGCACCUCCUCCUGCUGCUCGGCAAGGGGCUGGUUCCCGGAUGCCGCCAGCAAACCUGGGACUUCCAGGCUGGGAGCCCCCAUCUGUUCUUCCGUGUGGACUAGACUC